AGUAUCGCCGCCAGCCGGCCCGGGGGCGCUUUCCGCGGGGCUGGGGAGGGCGUCGGGGGAGCGCGGUCUCCGUGCCACCUGCUGCCUCCCGGACCCCGUCCCAGCUGCGUCUCAGAGCAGCAGGGAGGGAAGGAAGCGGCUAAUGAGGAAAACAGAAACGGCGAGGAACCUGGCUCGGAACCUGUCCCGUUGAAGUUUAGGGACGGUUUCCUCAUCGUCCUGGUCUGCCUCAUCUUCAGCGUGCUGUCCACCAUCGAGCAGUACGCCGCCCUGGCCACGGGGACCCUCUUCUGGAUGGAGAUCGUCCUGGUCGUGUUCUUCGGGACGGAGUAUGUGGUCCGCCUCUGGUCUGCAGGCUGCCGCAGCAAGUACGUGGGCAUCUGGGGCCGGCUGCGCUUUGCCAGGAAGCCCAUCUCCAUCAUUGACCUCAUCGUGGUUGUGGCCUCCACGGUCGUCCUCUGUGUGGGCUCCAAAGGGCAGGUGUUUGCCACCUCGGCCAUCAGGGGCAUCCGCUUCCUCCAGAUCCUGCGGAUGCUGCAUGUGGACCGCCAGGGGGGCACCUGGAGGCUGCUGGGCUCCGUGGUCUUCAUCCACCGCCAGGAGCUGAUCACCACCCUGUACAUCGGCUUCCUGGGGCUCAUCUUCUCCUCCUACUUCGUGUACCUGGCCGAGAAGGACGCCGUGAACGCGUCGGGCCAAGUCGAGUUCGGCAGCUACGCGGACGCCCUGUGGUGGGGCGUGGUCACAGUCACCACCAUCGGCUACGGGGACAAGGUGCCCCAGACGUGGGUUGGGAAGACCAUCGCCUCCUGCUUCUCCGUCUUCGCCAUCUCCUUCUUUGCUCUCCCAGCGGGCAUCCUCGGCUCCGGCUUCGCCCUGAAGGUCCAGCAGAAGCAGAGGCAGAAACACUUCAACCGGCAGAUCCCGGCGGCGGCCUCGCUCAUCCAGACGGCAUGGCGGUGCUACGCAGCCGAGAACCCCGACUCCUCCACCUGGAAAAUCUACGUCCGGAAGCCGUCCCGGAGCCACGCUCUGCUCUCUCCCAGCCCCAAGCCCAAGAAGUCUGUCAUGGUAAAGAAAAAAAAGUUCAAACUGGACAAGGACAACGGGGUGAGCCCCGGAGAAAAGAUGCCGGUGGUCCCCCACAUCACUUGCGACCUUGCAUCGGAGGAGCGGAGGCCUGACCACUUCUCGGUGGACGGCUGUGACAAUUCUGUGAAAAGGAGCCCCACGCUGCUGGAAGUGAACACGGCCCAUUUCAUGAGAACCAACAGCUUUGCCGAGGACCUGGACCUGGAAGGGGAGACACUCCUGGCCCCCAUCACCCACGUGUCACAGCUGCGGGAGCACCAUCGGGCCACCAUCAAGGUCAUUCGGCGCAUGCAGUACUUUGUGGCCAAGAAGAAGUUCCAGCAAGCGCGGAAGCCCUACGACGUGCGGGAUGUCAUCGAGCAGUACUCCCAGGGCCACCUCAACCUCAUGGUGCGCAUCAAAGAGCUGCAGAGAAGGCUGGACCAGUCCAUUGGGAAGCCCUCCCUCUUCAUCUCCGUCUCAGAGAAGACCAAGGACCGAGGCAGCAACACGAUUGGCGCCCGCCUGAACCGGGUGGAGGAGAAGGUGACGCAGCUGGACCAGAGGUUGGUGCUCAUCACAGACCUGCUGCAGCAGCUGAUCUCCCUGCACCACGGGGGCCCCCCCAGCAGCCGGCCCCCCAGCGAGGGCGGGGCCCAGGUAGCCCAGCCCUGCAGCAGUGGCUCCAUCAACCCCCAGCUCUUCCUGCCCAGCAACGCGCUGCCCACCUAUGAACAGCUGACCGUGCCCCGCAGGGGCCCUGACGAGGGAUCCUGAUGGGGGUUUGGGGCCCAAGCCUGAGAGGGGAGGCCCAGAGGAGCCCCCCCAGCCCAUCCCACCUUCCACCCACCCACUGGGCCUUGGCCACCCCUCCAAGGCUCCAGACAUCCGGUGGGCCACGUGGCCCUCCACCUGGGCUUGGGGGCUCACCCAGACUGCCUCUUCCCGGCCAGUGGGUACUAGGAUUUGGCUGGGCGGUGGGGAGGGGCCCUCUUAUCUCUGAGAUCGUGGACCCCCACAUCACUUGCAUGAUACUCGGGACACAGUGGCAGGGGGUCAGGCCGCACACCCCGGCACUUGGCCCACCCUGCGUGUGGCCGGUAAGCAGCAUAGCUGUGUGCCGGCCCCAGGGACCUUCUGAGGGGAGACAGAGGGACGGCCAGGACAGGGUCUGUGGGGACUCCACCCUCAGCCUCUAGGACGCAGGGGAGGAGGCAGGCAGGGCAGGGCAGGCCCAGCCCACACUGCACAAAGGAUGCCCACGAGCCAAAGCCCAGUCGAGGCCUGAGCACCGGUUCAGGGGCCCCGGGCGGGGGCUGGCUCCCUCCCUCUCUUUCCAGAGAUACUGACUCGGGCCGGGAGCUGUUGGGGAGCUGCUCCUGAAGCCACAGCUUCCAAUGAGGGGGACAGGCCCACCGCUGUCCCCAGAGAGCUUCACUUGGGUGGGCCGUCCUCCAGAGGGACGGGCAUGCUCAAGUUCCUCACUUCGAACUGGCAGCUCCUCCUACCCAUUCCGGAGAAAAGAGGAGGGUCCCCCAGCCCCUCUCUGUUCGCGGGCCCUGCCUCCAGCCCCCUGCCUGGUCUGAUCAGCUGGGCAGACGCACAGGCUGGCACCUCUCCUCGCCAGCUGCUGAGCCGCAGGGGAGCAGAGGGUGUCGCCAUCUCUGCACCGGACGGGGCUCCUCUUGGGCGCUACGUCUCACGGAAAUCAGAAUAAUUUGUGGUGAUUUGGAAUCUGCGUGUUAAUGAAUUUCACGGUGUGAUUUUGAUUCUUAAUCAAUCGUGCAGGGUUUUGCCAAUAAACGUGGAGUCACGAGAUCGAUCUUA